AUGGUAAUUUCACAGAGCAUGUCAAUGGCAAGGGCUGUCCCUUCAUCACAUGAAGCAGAUCGGUCGUGGGGUCUUUCAGCUCUUCCCAGGGCCUCUUCACAUGUUGCACAAGCGAAUUCCAUGACCCUUGAUAUGACCAAAGAAAGAAUUCGAAAGCUAUUCAACAACGUGGAGCUUUCUGUUUCUUCAUAUGACACAGCAUGGGUAGCCAUGGUCCCUUCACCAGACUCUCCUAAAUCUCCUCGGUUCCCUGAGUGUCUGAACUGGUUGAUAGAAAAUCAGCUUGAAGAUGGUUCAUGGGGCCUUUUUCAUCAUAAUCAACCAUUAACCAAAGAUUCUCUAUCUUCAACGUUAGCAUGUAUUGUUGCACUAAAACGAUGGAAUGUCGGGGAAGACCAAAUUAACAAAGGUUUACAUUUUAUCGACUUAAAUUUUGCUUCUGUCACUGACAAGAGUCAACCAUCUCCAGUUGGUUUUGAAAUCAUAUUUCCUGGUAUGCUCAAGUACGCAAAACACUUGAACAUAGACCUUCCGUUAAAUGAAACAGAUUUGAGUUUGUUGCUGAAUGAGAGGGCAUCACAGCUACAAAGAUGUGGUUCAAAAGAGAAAGAAGCAUACUUGGCAUAUAUUUCAGAAGGACUUGGCGAUAUUCAUUACUGGAACACGGUGAUGAAAUAUCAGAUGAAGAAUGGUUCUGUUUUAAACUCACCUUCCGCAACAGCCGCUGUUCUCAUUGAUCAUCAAAACAAUGGUUGUCUUAGUUAUCUAACUUCACUCUUGAACAAGUUUGGUAACGCAGUGCCAACUAUUUACCCCGUUGACUUAUAUGUGCGACUUUCCAUGGUUGAGACACUUCUAAAAUUGGGAAUUGCUCGGCAUUUCAGGGUUGAAAUUCAAAAUGUUUUAGAUGAAACUUACAGAUGUUGGGUGCAGAAGGACGAACAGAUAUUCACGGAUGUUGUCACUUGUGCUCUAGCUUUCAGGGUAUUAAGGAUCAGCGGGUAUGAAGUUUCCCCAGGCCUCUUGACUGAAAUUACCAAAGAAGGCAUUUACAUGAAUGCACCUGCAGAACCUUUCAAAGACAUAUAUUCAGCUCUUGAGGUGCAUCGGGCAUCACAAGUUAUGUAUCAAGAGGAACUAACUUUGGGAGAUAAAAUUUCAAGGUCGUCUGAUAUCCUCGUAGGUCUACAGACAAUAUUCGCUGAAACAGUCCCUUCAAAUAUUCACAAAGAGGUGGAAGAUGCUCUCAAGUUUCCCUUCAAUAGCUGUUUAGAACGCAUAUCCGCUAGAAGAAAUAUAGAGCAUUACAAUAUGGAUAAUACAAGAACUUUGAAAACUACAUAUCGUUUAUCAAACACUGGUAACCAGGAUUAUCUAAGGUUGGCAGUGGAAGAUUUUAAUGCGUGCCAAUCUAUUUAUCGUCGAGAAUUGGAAAGUCUUGAAAGGUGGGUGGUAGAGAAUAGAUUGAACCAACUCGAGUUUGCUAGACAGAGGACAGCCAGCUGUUACUUCUCUGCUGUUGCAGCACUGUCAUCUCCUGAACUAUCAGAUGCCCGUAUUUCGUGGGCCAAGCAUUGUAUUCUUACUAUAAUGGUUGAUGAUUUUUUUGAUGUUAUAGGCCAAAUGGAUGAAUUGGCUAACCUGAUUCAGUGUGUUGAAAAAUGGAAUGUGAAUGUUGAAACCGAUUGCUGUUCAGAAACAGUUUGCAUUUUAUUCUUGGCACUGAAGGAUGCAAUCUGUUGGACAGGAAAAGCAGCUUUUAAAUGGCAAGGACGGGACAUAGCAAGUCAUGUAAUUCAACUUUGGUUGGAUUUAAUGAAGAGUGAGUUGACAGAAGUUAGAUGGAGAAACGAUGCUUAUAUGCCAACAAUAAACGAGUAUAUGGAAAAUGCUUAUGUAUCAUUCGCAUUAGGCCCAAUUCUACUCCCGGCGCUUUACUUAAUAGGGCCAAAAUUGUCAGAGGAGAUUGUUCAAAGCUCUGAAUACCAUUAUCUAUUCAAGUCAAUGAGCACUCAGGCUCGCCUUUUGAAUGAUAUUCAGACCUUCAAGAGAGAAUUCGAACAAGGCAAAUUUAAUGCUGUACUAUUGCAUAUGAGCCAGCAAAAUAGUGGGGUUAUGCUGGAAGAGGUCGUAGAGGAGAUGAAGACUUUGGUCGAGAGUCAAAGGAGAGAAAUGAUAAAAUUAGUUCUAGAGGCCAAGGGAAGCAUUGUCCCUAGAGCUUGCAAAGAUGCAUUUUGGAACACGUGCAACUCAGCGAAGCUUUUUUAUGCAACAGAUGACGGGUUCACUGGAAAUUCCAUCCAGGAUACUGUGAAGCAAGUCAUUUAUGAACCCAUAUCCCACCCGAUGAUGUCUCUGGAUGGCGGAAAAGAACGCUCAUAA